AUAAUUCUCGCAUUUUACACGGAAAGAACGGUAAAAAUUAAAUUAGUAGCGUUUUUUGAACUCGACAGACCCGAUAUAAUAUCGCAAUUUCCUCUCUAUUCACAAUUAACUCUAUUAAUUAACUUUAUUUUAUUUAUUUAUUGGAAAAACAUGUCGAAAUUGAUCGCGUUGGCGUUUUUGUUCGCGUGUCUGGCCGGAAAAUCGAUGGAAAUCGGUGAAAAUUCGAGAAGAAAUGACACGGAAACUUCGAAAAGUUUAUCGAGAAGGCGUCGAUAUUUGACAUUCCCCUCGGGAAGUUCCCUACAACUCGUUUAUUGUCUUACCGUUCCCUCCGUGGGAGUUGGGGGAAUCUUUACAAUUGGCAUCACUGCAGCAUUGGCAUGGGAAUUACCCUCGGACCCUCAACAAAUAUUCCAAAUUUUCGGUAAAAAAAGGAUCACGAGCACCACGCAAGCGCCGGAAACUACUUUACCGCCUCACGAAGACCACCAUCAUCGCAUCUCUAACAAGGGAUACUCCAAUGUAGGGCAGGAAUUGAAGCGCAAAAAGUAUCCCUUCAAGACCUACUACGAUCCAUUCCUGCUCAAAGGGCAUUUCAAACAACCCGCUGGAUGGAAAGUUCGAUUUACUCCGGCCAGCAGAGAAAAUAACAAUUUCAACCGAGAAGAUUCAUCUUUUAUCCAUCCGGAAUUCCAUCACGUCCACAGGAGGACGAGACGGGAGCUCUACGGUAAAUUAGAGAAGCUCCUUACAGCAUUGAGCAAGGACGGUAAAAAUUGCCUCAAAAAAGCCAUAUGCGAGGUGAGCAGAGUACCGAAAGGUAAAGGGACGCUUUUCCAGGAACUUAUGAAGACUGUAUUCAGAAUUAAACCUCACGAUGAUUAUCCCGAUGAAGAUGAUUACGACAGAGCCUCCAACGCCAAUCACGAUUGCCAUGAAAUGUACGCCUCUUGCAAACACUCUGUAUGGUCGGAUAUGUUUUAA